AUGGUCAAAGAACGUUCAAUAAACCCAGCUCAGGCGCAGAGAAAAGCCGAAAAAGCCAAAGCUAUCAAGAAGGGCAAAGCCGAGGCAGCGCUCCGACGCAACGAGAAGCUAGCUCGGCGCAACCCUGAUCGCCUGCAAAGGCAACUUGAUGAUCUCAAAGCACUUGAUGACAGUGGUACUGCACUUACGAGCCACGAGAAAAAAUUACGAGAGUCGCUGGAAAAGGAAAUACGAGCUGUACGUCAGGCCCGGGAAAAUUUCGGCGACGUCACCUCCAAGCUUGGGCGAGGGACACAGCAAUCUGAAGUUGAUAAGAAAAAAUAUAUUCAACUCCACAAAAACUCCGAGAUCCCGGGAAAAAGAAAGAGGGAAGACGAGAGCAGUGAUGAUACUGACGUACCCGAAGAUGUCAAAGAUAUUCCCAUGCCAAGGGACACGCCGCCACCGAUUCCAAAGGCAGCGUUAGAUAAAUGGUAUGACAAACAGAGAGCACGGAAAUUGGGAGCGCCUAAUCAAGCAAGAAAAGCAUCCAAUGCGAAUUUACUGCCAGUCAGUGACAAGAGGCGAAUGUUAGGCCGUGCUGGCCACAUUUCUGAUUCCUCGUCUAUUCCUACUCCACAAAUUGCUGCCCAGAUAGUUUACGAAUCAAAGCCCAUCGUCCGAGACUUACUCAAAGAAGCUGUUGCCUUUGUUCCUACGGCAGUGAAAGCGAAAUUAGAUAGAUCAAAAGGGAUACGGACAUUAGUUGAGCCGGAAGAAGCAGAUCAGUUGGAAAGAGAAGGCUAUCGGACCAAAGCCGAAGUUCUGCGGGAAACUUCGACACAUAAUAUCUUAGGUGACGUAAUAUAA